AUGCCCGACCAAAUGGCUUUCGAGGAACCAGUGAUGGCUCUAAAGAAACAAAAGAGGGAGUGUUCACCACCUAGUCCAAUGCGAACCCCACCUCGUGAGAUCGAUAUAUCUUACUUCCAAACAUCACCUUCAACACCUUUGGUCUGUCCAAAGGCUCCAACAAAGACUCCACUGCGUUCACCCAUAAACACAAAGGGAACAUUCCCAGUUAAUCAACAACUACCACCACCAACAACUACUGCAACUAUCAAUAACAAUAAUAAUAAUAAUAAUAUAAUAACCACUUUCACAGCAUCUACAAACUCACGCCCUGAUGGAUCGGGUGCAGCUGCCACAGCGGCAGAUAGCAGCAACUUUCAUGGUAUCCACUUCUUGACACAGAGGAAACGAGCAAAGUCCUCAAGCACACACUUUGAGUACCUGGCCAAGCUGGGAGAGGGCUGCUUUGGUGAAGUGUGGAAGGCUCGGAGCGUGCUGAACGAUCACUUCUACGCCAUCAAAAAGUCAAAGAAGCCCAUCUGGGAGACCAACGAACGAAGCCACCAUCUGCAAGAGAUCGAGAAGGGUAUGCGUCUUGGCACUCACUCCAACAUCGUGUCGGUGAUUGCCGCGUGGGAGGAGGGCGGUCAUCUCUACAUCCAGAUGGAGUUGUGCGAACAUGGCAACCUAAAGAGCAAGCUUACUCAGUGCGACGGCGCUGGCAUUGAUGAGCAACUGCUAUGGACAUACAUUGCAGACAUCUCACGCGGAUUGGAACACGUGCACUCCAAUGGCAUCAUUCAUUUGGACAUCAAGCCAGAGAACCUACUAUUUUCCAACGAUGGAUCACUCAAGAUCUGCGACUUUGGUGUCAGUGUGGCCAAUGGCGACACAGAGGGCGACCAGGUCUACAUGGCACCCGAGCUCUUGGACGACGUCCACACACAGGCGGCAGACAUAUUUAGCUUUGGCAUCACCAUCUACGAAUGUAUCACCAACUACGAACUGCCCACUCAGGGCCAGUGGUGGAGGAACCUGCGAGAGGGCAGGAUACCGUUCCCAGAUCAUUUGACCAUAUCACAUGAGUUGAAGUCCUUGAUCACAUCAAUGAUGGAUCCAGAUCCUCUCAAUCGAGUUAGCAUCACUCGUAUCCUAGAGAUACCAAGAGUCAGGGAGAUUGUUGAGUUCAAAAAGAAACAAGAACAACCUCUUACCAAAUUCAAACUACAGAGGAGACUCUUCUAG